CAAAGGCAAGUGGAGGGGGGUCCUGGGAGGCUGAGUCGGUGAGCAGCUGUACUUUCCUGGAGCAGAAUUCAGGGUAACCCCAAGAACACGUCGGCGAUUAACGUUUACGCACUGCAUUGUCCACUGUGUGCUUCCCAGCCCGCAACAUGGCAGUGCUGUCCUUCCUGCUGUCAGGGCUGCUGCUGUGCUGGGCAGGUGUGUGUGGUGCCAUCCCUGACCCCCGCCAGAGGGAAGCCCUGAUGCAGCAGGAGGCCUCCCUGCAGAUAGGGGGCAGAAUGGUGCUGACAGAGGCAGAGAGGAGGCUGAGUGCUCACCUACACAAUCUCAAACAGCAGGAGAUGGCCGGGCCACAGUUUCCCCCUGCCAUGCACUUCUUCAAAGCACGACCCCUCAUCCAACGUAGCCCCAUAUUCAGCUUACUACAGAAGAUGCCCAAAGGGGCCAUUCUGCAUGCCCAUGAUUUUUCCCUUGUGGGGGCGGACUGGCUGGUGAAGAAUGUGACGUACAGGCCUCACUGCUACGUGUGCUUUACCCAGCGCCAGUCUGUACGUUUCCGCUUCUCUGCCCAAAAGCCCCUCCCACAACCGCAGUGCUCCCCCUGGCUGCUGCUGGAGACUCUGCGGGGCAAGACGGACAACGUCACUGACCUGGACAACAGUCUGAUACAGAACCUCACACUGUUCACGGCCGACCCCGAGGUGGCCUACCCCAAUCAGGAUGCUGUGUGGAGCAGGUUUGAGGAGACCUUUCUUGCAGCUUUGGGGCUGGUCACUUACGAACCUGUGUUCAAGGAUUACUUUUACAAGGGCCUGCAGGAGCUUUACAAGGACAACAUCAUGUACCUGGAGCUGAGAGCUUUACUGCCAGAGACGUAUGAGUUGGAUGGCAGCACACAUGACCUGGGCUGGACUCUGAAGGCCUAUCAGGAUGUGGCCAGACAGUUUGUAACGGAACAUCCAGACUUCCUGGGAGCCCGGAUCAUCUUCACUGUCCACAGGGGUUUGAAUGUGUCUGCGGUCAAAAAGGCAGUGGAGGGGGCCAUGCGCCUGCAGAAAAUGUUUCCAGAGGUCAUGGCAGGAUUCGACCUGGUGGGGCGGGAGGACAGCGGGAGAUCCCUCUGGUACUUCAGAGAGGCCUUGUCUCUGCCAGCGGAGCUCGGGGUUACUCUGCCCUACUUCUUCCAUGCAGGGGAGACGGACUGGGAGGGUACUGACGUGGAUGAGAACCUUCUGGAUGCCCUACUUUUCAACACCACUCGCAUUGGGCACGGCUUUGCCCUUGCACAUCACCCUCUGGCCAAGGAGCUCUCCAGGAAGAGGGGUGUGGCUGUGGAAGUGUGCCCCAUUUCCAACCAGGUGCUGAAGCUCGUCUCAGACCUGCGGAACCACCCUGCUGGAGUGCUGAUGUCAGAAGGCCAUCCGUUGGUUGUCAGCUCAGACGAUCCAGCUAUCUUUGGAGCCUCCGGGCUCUCAUACGACUUCUAUGAGGCGUUUGUGGGCAUCGGUGGGAUCAGUGCCCAUCUGGGAACACUAAAGGAGCUGGCCAUAAACUCUAUCAGAUACAGCUCUCUGUCCCCUCAACUGAAGGACAAAGCACUGACCCUGUGGCAGAGCAAGUGGGAUAAGUUCAUUUCUGAGAACUCGCCGUAGAGACCCAGAGUGCGAGAGGGACGGACUGGGAGCCGUGACAGGAACGUCACAUCAGGCCUCGCGGUUCAUGUGCCAAACAAAUCUGCACAGAUCCAUCCAGCACAGAGUUUCUCUCCUUCUGACUAAGAAUUAGCCAGCGUUGGCCACCUCGUGACUUAUCUGGGGAAGCGGAGUUUUGUUGUGUGGGCUUAAAACUGGUGCUUCUGAAAGGAUCUCCACAUGGAAAAGGCUGCCCUCUGGUGGAGUUUUCAUGGUGGUCAUUCUAUUGUCAGGCAACUGACCAAGACCACACUGCUGUCAGCUCCCACAAAAUGGAGGCAGUCAGUAUCCUUGGAGACAGCCUCUCAGUGUGUCUGUGUAGCCUGUAUUAUCAGGUGGGUUUAGGCAAGUGGAAAUCAUUUGUUUUUGCUGUGGUAGGUUUUUGAUUUUACUGUAGAUAUAAUGCAAAUAUUUUCAUUUAAUAUGCAAAUUCAGGUCUAAUGAUCACUAUUCGAGCCACACAGGAGUGCACUUUGUAUAGAAUAAAAAGGGAUAGAGCACUAUUUGUGCUAACUGGACCUGCAAUCUUAACCUGUGGUGAAUACACAGGUUUCAGGCAGCUUAUGGUCCUCUGUGACACAGGGAAUGGAGCCUUAGUCUCAUGUGACCUCUUUCACAGAACGAGGGAUUUCUUUUAAAUAAACAUGGAGUUGUAAAGC